AUGCCGGACAGAAAGUUGAAUUCCGCCAUUCCGCCCGAUUUUGCCGUGGCUAGUGUUGUGGCGCACCACAUCUACUUUUAUCGCUCCAUCAUCUUCAACUUCGAAGCAGCGGAGGAGCUUGGGAAUUUCUUCCGGUCACUUCAAUCACUAUACUUUCCAGUCCCCAAAGCCCAGAUAUCCCAUUCAUCCUCAGUUCAACCAUCACUCGAAAACAUGUCGUCAAACCAUGCCAGUCUUGAUGCGGCAUCCACCGACCGCAAAGCCCGCCUCGCCAAGCUCGCAGCUCUGAAGCGCAAGCAACCUGAAGAAGACACAAAUGAGGCCAGUGCAGAAGACCAGGAGCUGCCCGACGCCGAUUCCACGCCAGAUGUGAGCACAAAAUACCUAUCCGGCCGCAACUACGACCCCGAGACUCGCGGGCCUAAACUGGGCUUCGAGCAUGGCCCGCAAGAGGGCCAGGUGACGCUGGAAGCACAGGCGGCUAAAAUUGCAAGAGCCACAGCGGAACAAGCCAAGAAGGACGCGGAUGCCGACGAACCCAUUGAUCUGUUCAAACUACAACCUAAGAAACCCAACUGGGACUUGAAGCGCGAUCUCAACGAAAAGCUCAAGAUUCUUGAUGUACGGAUGGGAAAUUCAAUUGCACGGAUGUUGCGGCAGCGGUUAGAGGACGCGCAGCGUGAUGCGAAGGCGCGUGGGCCUAAGUCUAACGGAGACGAGCAGGGGGAGGAAGUGGGCAUGGAGGGUGAAGCGCUCGUUGAGGGCAUCCAUAUGCGCGAACGAGAGGAAGCGAAGAGCGACGAAGAAACGAUUUGA